AUGAUGCCGCAUCGCAAGGGUGCCGAGGACUCGCUCGAGGACUCGCUGGAUGCAGACAUGGCUGAGUAUGUUCACAAUCGGAGCAUCUCGGUCGAUUGGAAGGAGCGUUACGAGUCGAUCAGACAUGACAUGGCGGACGACGCGGACUCGCGGACUGGCAGCAAUCUGAAAGCUCUGGAGCGCAUGUACUCCAGCAGCAAGAACGGCCCGAGAAAGAGGCCAGCAGUCCGACCAUGGGUCCUCGGCAGCACUCGAGGAUCAGACUCGAGGAACGACGAGGAGUCGCCAGGUGGGGAGGACGUGGACGAGCACGAGAUGCGGAUCAGGAUGGCGACGAUCAAAGGGACUCUGUCGAAGCUGGAGGAAGAAGUUUCCAAGUUGGAAGCGAGGAAGCGGGAGAGACACGAUGCGGCACUGAGGAUGUUCGAGAUCAUCGCCAGGAAGCGGGAGGUCGCCAUGAAAUCCAUUGCCGAGGCGAGGCAGCGCGUGGAGGAGGUGAAGGCCCUGCUGAACGCGAAGCACGAGACGAGCGAGUAUCUCAAGGCUGGGAUAGAGAAGCUCAGGUUGGUCAACGUCAAGAACCACCAGGAGCUGACCGAGCUUUGGGAGACAGUGUCCAACUACCAGCUCAAGUACGAGGUUCAGCAGGAGAACACGUACAGGUCCAAGGACCUGCUGAUGCUCGUCAGGAAGAUGAGGAUUUCAAAGUUUCACAACCGGCUACAGGCUGUCAAGGACGCUGCGCUGAGCUCGAUCGUGCGGGUGCUCGAGCUGCCCUUCUGGAUGCGCCUCAUUCUCUGUGUGAUCUGGGCGAUCCUACUCAACAUUAUCUGGGCCAAGGGCCGGAGGGUGGGAGCAGAGCGAUAG